AUGAGUUUCAAGGCGAAGGACCUUCACUACAAUGAUAAGCAGCCCGCCUUUCUGCGGCGGCUGCGAGGUGAACUAGCCGGUGACGGCUCGGGGCGACAUGAGCAGCCAGUUCCGAGAAACAAGCGAUUGAAAAAGGACGACGAUGAAGACGAUGCGCCUACAUAUGUGCUGGAAGAAACGAAUCAGUCAAUGACGAAAGCCGAGUAUGAGGCCAUGGUAGCCGGUAAAGACGCCGAAAAGACUGAGGAUGCGACCAACAGCGACAGUGAAGCUACGAAAGACCCAGCAGCAAUACAGCCCAAGGACAACAUAGUUGAAGUUGGUAAAGCCACAAAAAAGCGGAAGGUAGCGAAAGUUAUUGCUGAGGAGAAGGACGUUGAGGCCAAGGAGCCAAUUGAGGCGGAAAAGAAGGUGGUGAAGAAGGCCAAGAAGAAAGGGAAGCCUGUCAAGCUAUCCUUUGGGGACGAGGAGGGCGCCUGA